AGGAAUCAAUACCAUUCUUGAACUAACUAAGACAACAUCUAUAAAAUGAUUUCAUGCAAAUACUCAAAAAGGGAUGUAUAGAAUUAAGGAGAAAACUAAAAUAUAACAAUAGAUUUGAUAAUCGUAUCAAACACAUACUUUAUAGAUCAUAUGUUGUCUUGUCUAAGAUUUAUGCAUCUGUCAUACUUAACAUUAGUUAUGAAUGCUAAAUUUGAUAAUCUAUAUAAAAUGAGAAAAGUUUCAAAUACCUCUAUUUAAGACUUACUUUUUCAUUUUUGA